UUCAAAAGUGAAUAAUCUCGAUCGCGAUAAGUCGAUUCUCGAGAGUGUUUUUAGUGGCGCGGCAUGUAUCCACAUGAUCGAUUACCGUUCACAAAACGUUUUCCAGAGUCAGUGUUUGUGUGCCAUUGUAAGUGACACGGUGUGGUUAGUGACGAUGGAAUAACUUUUUUUGUUUAAAUUUUCUUUAUUUAACUACAGUAGUUUUAAUUAAUUAAUAUAGUGAAUAAUAUUAAUUAAAAGUGUUCCAAUAAAAUGUUUAUUAAAACAAUCAUUAAUAAUAUGUAAAUUAACAAAUAAUUGUUGAUAUUAAACUCGAGUUUGUACUCACGCGUUUAUGUUGUUAUGUAGUUGUGAUAUAUAAGAUUGUGUCGUGUAAAUGAAGAGGCGGCGAAUCCGCGCGGCGGUCGCGUGCUAGUGCUUAUAUAUAUAUAUAUAUAUUAAUAUAUACACCUAUAUACUUUUAUACACACCUAUAUAUUACUUCACAUACAUAUAUACUUACUGUAUAUUUUAUAUAUAAAAAAAUACACCGACCUAUCAAUAAAUAUAUGUACUUGUUGUUACAAAACAAACAUUAAAUUUCAGUACAUGGAAUGGCGCGUAAAUGCUGUGUAAAAAAUUGUGAAAUUAAUGGCAAUGAUGUACAUGCUGUCGGUAUUCCUAUUCAUAGAUUUCCUAAGGAUUUACAUUUGAGAAGCAAAUGGUUAGUAAAUGCUGGAUUUGAUGAAUUUUACAAACCUUUUCCCGGUCAAUUUGUUUGCUACAGACAUUUCUUGAAAAAUGAUUAUGAAAUUAAUAAAAACAUGCCGGGGCAUAAAUUUCUGCUGAAGAAAGGAUCUGUGCCGACGGUCUUUGACAACUAUCAUAAUCAUCCAGAUCCUGUGGUGCCAUUAACAGUAACAAAGUCACCCGCAAAAAGUGAUAAUAAUUUACCGGAAAAUUUAAUUCCGACAAAUUCAGAAAUGACACAAUUGGAGUCAGAAAAUUUACCUGAAGCUCAAGGAUCUAAUUCAAAACCCGAAGAACUUAAAAAAGAAGUUCCUAAAGAUUUACUCGUAAAUUCGAGCAACAAAUCUGAAAGUAUAAAAAAAUCAGCUGGUUCUGAUAAUUUGAGCUUACAAAUUCAAAAUGUGAUUGAUACUACGGUUGAAAAAAAGGGAUUCACCGAAGACCCUCCUGCGGAACCACCACCUGUUUUAGAUGAUCCAGUGGACAAUGUAAAACUUAAUGAAGAUUCCUGUAAAUCUAAUGGAGAUAUAGAAAAUAAUAUCCAAGAGCCAAAUGGUGAAAAUGGAAAAUUUUCCAAGUCCAGGAAUGGUAACUCAGGAUUGACAUUUUUUGUUGGUUCGAAAUUGGAAUGUAAGACUUUUAGCGAAAAAUGGUGUGUAGCUGUAGUUGUGGAAACUGAUUGGAGAGAACGAGAAAUUCUGAUAAAUUUUGAUAAACGACGCCCGACAACUAACGAGUGGAUAUCAAUGGACAGUCCUAGAUUGAGAAGCAUCCGACCUAGUGAGGAAGUAUGGGUACAACCAACCGAGAGCUCAAAAAUGCGUGAAUUUAUUGUUGGAGAAAGAGUUUUAGCAACGUGGGCAGAUGGAAGAAAAUAUCCAGCUAAGAUAAAUGGAGUAUUGGAAGCAGAUAAAUAUGACGUGCUGUUUGAUGACGGUUAUCAAAAAAUAGUCCGUGGAUCGAAAAUAACUAAAAUAGCCUCUGCCAGUUCUAAGAAUCCAUCCAAGGGAAUGGAAACAGAUGCAUACAUUGGCAGCAAGCAAGAGCGAAGAGAUAAGAGCCGAAAACACACCGUGAAAGAUUUGUUUUCACACAAAAAAAGGACUAAAUUGGACGGAGUUGACCAAUCACUGACCAAAAAAGAUGACACUUCUCUGACUGAUGCAGAACAAUUGAAUAAUUCUGAAAGCAUGAACGGGAGUACUGAUGCAGGCGGAGAGCUUGAAGAAUCUAUCACGGAGCAAGUUCCAAUUGAGACUCCAAAACCCAAGGCCAGGAAUGGAGCCAAGAGAAAACGCGAAGUUGUGGUUGAUUAUGAUGAUGAUGGUGGACCAGAGUGGAUCGACGGUGAACCUCAGGGUAUUGAAUCAUUUGUCGUAGAUGGUAAUGAAGGUUCACGUCGAUCUAUAUUAAUUCCCGACAAAAAAUUGCCACCUGGAUGGCAGAAACAUUUCAUCCAAAGAAAAACUGGUAACUCAGCUGGUAAAUGGGACGCUGUAUUUCUUCACGAAGCUUCUAGUAAAAAAUUCAGGUCCAGAAGCGACUUGAGAUCUUUCUUUGAGACCCAGCGGCUCUGUAAUUUUGAUCCAAAUAAAUUUGAUUUUUGUGUGCAUCGCAGAAAAAGACCAGCUGUUGCUAAAGAAAAAUUAGAUUCUAGUACCAGUGCUGGUUCUUCCUCGGCUACCAAUGAACCGGCUAGGAAAAUAAAAACACUUUUGCCUAAAAGUAAAACUGCUGCGACGAAUGAUUUGUUAUUGACAUCGGUAACUCCUAGUUAUCUUACUCCAGUUCCUGCUACGCCUGUUGAAGAUACUGGUGGAAUGAUUUAUUCAGUUUUUAUCGGAGGACUAAGAGUAGAAAUGGAAGACAGUGCCUACAAAUGUCCCAAGGAAGGAUGUUUCAAAACUUUUCGCAAAGAAAAUCUCCUUCAAAUGCACAUAAAACAUUAUCACCCCGAGUUUUCAAAGUAUCUCGGAUCAACACCAAAUGUCGCGGACUUAGCGUACGCACGAACAAUAGGCGAGCCAAUUAUCGACGGAACUCCCAAAAAAUCAACCAGCAAUUACGUCGACAAGCCAACAAUAAGCCGAGGUGACAAAAGGAAGAGCCACUCUGAUAAAUUUUCAACACCUUUAGCCCAUCAAUCUUUUGCUGCGUCUUCUCCGCUGUCCGUAGCGUCGCCUGACAUGUCUCAGAUUGACCAUCCGAUGAACGGACUCAAAGAUGACACAAAGUCCGACUUGAUGUCACCUUGCUCGAACGCUUCUCUAGAUAUUGAUGAUGAAAUGGCGAAAAAAUCAGACGGCAGCUGUGCAAUGUCGCCCGGCACGCUUUUUGAUUUAAAAUCUAGGGAAGAAAAAACUCAGGCUGGGAUUAAAACUUUGCUGCCUUUAAGGUCGGCUAAUUCUGCAGAUACAACUCGGCUGGAUCGCUCCAAGUCGCUUGAUGACACUUUUAAUGCUGAUAGAGGACAACGCAAGAGGCAAUUGUCAGAGUACAGUUCUGAUAAUUCGACUAAAAGUAAAAAACGGCAUGGCAUACAGGAGCUUACGGAUGAUUAUGGGGAUUUAGAUGACAGCGCAAUGGAUAUCGACGGACCUUCACCACUAGUGUAUAGAUUCAGUCGUAGAAAAUCUGAUUCUAAGAGCGACGAUAACAGUCAGAAUGGAGAAUGCAUGAUGAUGAUGAUAAAUGGCGAGAUGGUUAAAGUCGAACAAUUAAAGCGCGAAGAAAUAAUUAAUUGUACUUGCGGAAUCGUCGAAGAAGAUGGACUGAUGAUACAAUGUGAUUUGUGUCUUUGCUGGCAGCACGGCCAUUGUAAUUCUAUUGAACGUGAAAAGGAUGUUCCGGAAAAAUAUAUUUGUUUUAUUUGCCAGAAUUCUUAUCGCCAGAGGCCCUCGAAAAAAUACGCACAUGAUCAGGAUUGGAUUAAAGAAGGAAAAUUGCCGAGCUUAACUAACAGACAUAAAAAUCAAGAGACACUUAAUAAACGAUUUGCGAUGUUAAAACGAUCUAAUGAUUUAGUAGGAGCGUUGCUGAAAGUUCAACAAGUUCUUUAUAGUUUGAAAGUUAAAAUCGGCGUUGCUCAAGUAAAAGACCAUCCAAAAUUAUAUCUAUGGGCCAAAAACUGGGAAACAACAGAGCUACCAAAGCCUCAUCUCGAGCCUGUACCAAUAUUGGAAAUAAUAAAACCCGAACCAACUACCCUCGACAUGGACAUCACUCAAUCAGACAUAAAACCAGAAGGAACAUGUCCGAUUAACAAAGACGACAUUAAUGGCGACAAAUCAAUACACUCUGAUUCAGAGUUGAUGAAAAUUCUUGAAGAGGACAACAGCUGUGUGGUUGAUGAUUUAAAAGUCAAAAAAGAAAUUUCGGAUUCAAAAAAUAUCGAGGAAAGUCCGGUAGUAAAAAAUGAGACCGAGACUCCUCAGACAGAUAAAAUAGAAGACAUUAAAAUAGAAGAUAGUAAAGAAAAUAUUAAAGAACAGCCUAAUGUGUCGGGGACGGAUAGUCAAGUACAAUUUAAUGCGAGUAAUAAUAAUGAGUCGCUGAAUGAUAGCAAGAGCGAGCAAGCCAAGUCAAAGCCUUUUGAGUCAUUACCAGAACAACCACCGGCGCCUCAGCAGCCUUUCAUCCCUGAACCAGAAGCUCCGAUUGAUCCUGAUGAAUGUAGACUACGUUUGUUGAAUCACAUAGAACACUUUCAGAAUCACAUGGAAGUACAUCUGACCAGUGUUGAGAGCCAAGUGUCAUUUUUAGAAGCUAUGGAUCCUGAUGAUGACCUAGCUGCGGAUAAAGUUGAUAUUCGGUGUAAAGAAACUAUUCAAAUGGUGAUUCGUGAUCUUCAUACUGUGAGAAAACUCGCAGCUUUAUGCUGAUAUAUCUCUUUAAAAAUUAUUUUUAUUUGCUUUUAUUUCAAUCGUGAAAAUUGGGAUAAAAAAAAAAAAUUUUUUU